AUGCGCCCCCGUCCUUUAUUUUACUCAUAUCCAGAUAAAUUAUUUACACAAGUAAAUCCACCUAUGGAAACAAAAACAAAUUCAAUAGUUUAUCAGAGCGAAUGUGAUUGUGGAGCAAUGUAUGUAGGUGAAACAAAAAUAGGUUCAACAAAACGUAUUAAACAACAUGAAACACUUAUUAAACAAGAUGAUAAAAAAUCAAAUUCAGAAAUGGCAAUACAUGCCCAUAAUAAUAAACAUCAAUGCAAAUUUGAUACAUCGUCAGCAAUCAUCAUAGAAAAAGAAACAAACAUUGAGUAA